AAUUCCAUCGCACGAAAAACGAGAAAAGUUCAAUUUUCCUUUUUUCACAUCGCAAAUUGCGAUGAAAAUUGAUAAUUGUGACAAUUGAAUUGCAAAUUCAAGCCAACGCAGCAGCUUGUUACGCGUGCGAUGUCAUGAAAACACUCGGAGACCAAACACUGACGUGGAAAAUGAUUACCUCAUCAAAAAUGAAAAUUCGUCAAAAGUAUUCAAGGACAUUUUUCGUUGCGUGUCUCGUGGGAUUCCUGCUGGUUUCGGGAUUUUUCGUCAUUUCUGCUGUUGCAGAUGGCGCCCAUGAGACCCCAAUUGUCGCAAAAGGGCUCAACGAGACAAUUUCCAAAGAUGCAACGGCCACAAAUGCAGCGGAUUCGAAAAGUGGUGAAUCGGAAAAUAAUUCUGGCGAAAAAUUGCCGAGCAAAGGACAAGUGGAACAGGAACACAACAGCUCAAUGUCGAUAUUUUUCGUGCUGAUGGUCAUUCUGAUGGGAAUUUUGCUGAUUCAUAUUAUGCUGCAGCUACCAAAUCGUUACCAAUAUUUGCCAGAAAGUAUUGUUGUGGUAUUUUUGGGCGCUUUGAUCGGUUUGAUACUGAAAAAUGUCAACAACACAGCGUGGGAACGUGAAGAAGUCUUUUCGCCAACGGGAUUUUUCCUCGUGCUGUUGCCGCCCAUCAUCUUCGAGUCCGGUUACAACUUGCACAAGGGAAAUUUCUUCCAAAAUAUUGGCUCGAUUUGCGUUUUUGCCAUUGUUGGAACGACAAUUUCGGCUCUCGUCAUCGGAAGUGGCGUCUAUUUGCUCGGAAUUGCCGAAGUUGCCUACAGAUUGGACUUUGUGGAGUCAUUUGCCUUUGGAAGUCUCAUAUCGGCGGUAGAUCCGGUUGCGGCAAUUGCCGUUUUUCAUGCGCUGGAUGUCGAUCCGGUACUUAAUAUGUUGGUUUUUGGCGAAAGUAUCUUGAAUGAUGCCAUCAGUAUUGUGCUGACGACGACAGUGAUGCCGCCUGGAUUGUCUCAUAAUGCGACAGCAGUGGCAACGAGUACCGGACAGGGGAUUAUUAAUGCCUUAAGUCGCUUUUGCAUGAUGUUUUUUGCGUCCGCAGGCAUCGGAGUGGUGUUUGCCAUCAUGAGUGCCCUCAUAUUGAAGCAUAUUGAUUUUAGGAAACAUCCUUCGCUGGAAUUUGGAAUGAUGUUAGUAUUCACCUACGCACCUUACGUCCUCGCCGAAGGCAUUCAUCUCUCCGGCAUCAUGGCAAUCCUCUUCACGGGCAUCGUCAUGUCACACUACACCCAUUUCAACCUUUCGACCGUGACACAAAUCACGAUGCAGCAAACUAUGCGAACUCUCGCUUUCAUCGCCGAAACAUGCGUCUUUUCAUACCUCGGACUCGCCAUUUUCUCCUUCAAGCAUCAAGUGGAAAUGGCUUUCGUCAUCUGGUCCAUCGUCUUAUGUCUCAUUGGACGUGCUUGCAACAUUUUCCCACUUGCCUGGCUCGUCAACAAGUUCCGCGAACACAAAAUCACGAAACGCAUGGCUUUCAUCAUGUGGUUUUGCGGUCUUCGCGGCGCCAUUUCGUACGCCUUGUCGCUCCAUUUGCAAUUUUCGAGCAUCGAAACGCGUCGUGUCGUCAUCACGUCAACGCUGAUUAUCGUCCUGGUGACAACUUUGCUGUUUGGCGGUGCGACAAUGCCCUUGCUGAAGUUCCUGCAGCCCGGCAAGAAGAAGAAACAGCAACAGAAGAGCAACAAAAGGAGUCGUUCGGGCAGACGUCGUCGCGAAAAACAAGUGACUUUGAGUAAAACGAGGGAAUGGGGACAAGCGAUCGAUUCGGAGCAUUUGUCCGAGUUGACGGAGGAAGAAGAAGUUAAUUUCACGAAAUCGCAACUUGGGGGAUUUGCGAGACUGGAUCGCAAAUAUUUUACGCCCUUCUUUACGCGACGAUUCACGCACAAGGAAUUGCACGAUUGCAAAAGUCAAAUGGCGGAUUUGACGGAUAAGUGGUAUCAGGCAAUUCGGGUGUCGCCGAACGAUAACAGCGAGGACGAGGGCGACGAAAGUGAAGAGGAGCAGAUUUCCGUCGCUUCGACCUCGAGUCGUGCCAAUUUAGUUACUAAGGCCUAGUCAAAUAUGUUUAAGGGAUCACGCGCGCUAUUUUAGGGUAUGAAAUUGAGGAUUUUAAGUCAAAUGUUUUUUGUGAGUUAUCGAAAAUUGCUCUUAAAGUUUUUUAUAAGCUAUGAAGCAAUUAACUUUAGUACUUAGGUAUUUAUUUUUUGGUUUGAAAAAAAAAUUAUAACUUUAUAAAGAAAAAUGAACUCUUCAAGUAUAUCUUGAGAGUUCGGAAAAUCAAUUUUUGAAAAUAAUUUAAAUUUUUUGCGCAGUAAAAGCGUGUUGGGCCCAUAAGCAGUGGGUUUGGACUGCACGUACCUGUUGGUAUUUUUAGAGUAGUUCGAAGAAAGAAAAUCAGUUUAUUUUAUCAGUUUGUUUUUUACAAAUAAUGUUUUUUAAAAAUAAUUUUUGAUUUUACUAUUACAACUUUUGCAAAUAAAUUAGUAUUUUUAAUUUAUUUUUUGCAAAAAAUCAAAAAUUUUUGAUUUUUUAUGAUUUUUUACUUAAAAUGUUCUGCAUUCAUUUUAAAUUAACAUUUAUUUAUUUAAAUACCUUUAUAUUUUUUUAAAAUUGUUAGGCCGCUCCAAAUUUAUUUCGAACUUUUUGUCCUAAAAGACUUUUUUAGGGGGGGGGCCUAAAUAAAAAAAAGUUUUGAAAUACUUUUUCGUACAAAAUACAAACAAUUGUUGGUCAUUAAUGAAUUUUUAAGUUGUUUUUAUGUUAAAAAUAUUGAGAUUUGAUAAUUUAAAAUUGAUCUCAGAAUAUUUAAGUUAAAAAUUUAAACAAAAAAAUUUCAUCAAAAUACCUGUCAAAAAAUUUUUAAACAAUUUUUCUUUUUUUGAAAAAAUUUUUAUAGAAAAAAAUUCUUGUAAAAAGAUCAUUUUCAAUACAAAAGUUUAAAAAAAAUUAAAAAUUAAAAAAAAUUUUAAAAUUCCUUGAAAAAUUAUGAAAAUAGACCAAAAAAUUGUCAUUUUUGAUAACAUUUUUAACUUUUUUUUUAUUUUGCCCCAUUGUUUUUUGACUUUUGAAAUAGGGCAUGGGACAAAAAGUUCAAAAAAAAUUUGGAGCGGCCUUAUAUGAAAAAAUAUUUUAAUUUUUUUUGGCCCCCGAUUUUAAAAAAAUAUUUUUGAAAAAAAAAAAUUAAAAAAUUGGACCGGCCUUAAUAAUUUACAAAAAUAAUUAAAAAUUGUCUUAAAAGUUUUAUGUCUUAAAAAAAUAUCAAAUUGCAGUGCAAAAUUUGAUAUUUCUUUAAAAAAAAUUCAGUAUAAAGUUUGUUGUUUCUUAAAAAAAAAAAAAUUUGACUUA